CGUCCCCGUCCCUCUCCCUUCCCUCCCGGCCCCGCUGCCAGGGGCGAAGCCGCCCGCCGGGCCCCGCGGCUUUUUUUUUCUUGGAUUUUAUUACUGGAAAACUCUCUAAUGACAGCUUUGCUUAGGAGCUGAGUGUUGUGACCUGCCCUACUUCUCUCUGCUCUGUGUGGGAACAACCUGAGGAAGAUCUUGGAGCCACCUGUACUGCUUCAUGCAGUUAAAUGUUCUGAGGUCAUGAAACUUAAUCCACAGCAAGCUCCAUUGUAUGGUGACUCUGUUAUUACAGUGCAGCUGACUGAGGAAGAUAAAGUUGAAGAUGAUGUAGUUUUUUAUUUGGUCUUCACUGGAUCAACUGUCCAACACUGCACAAGCACGAGAAAGAUUAAUCCUGGGAGUCUGGAGACAAUUUCUCCUGGCCAUGACUGCUGUGAGACAGUGAAGGUGGCACUUUGUGCCUCUAGAGAAGGUCACCCCGUUCUGGUUGUGGCAGAAGAGAGUUUCCAGUUUGUCCAGGAUGAAGCCUACGAUGCUGCCCAGUUUCUGGCCACCUGUGCUGGCAACCAGCAGGCGCUGAAUUUCACACGCUUCUUGGACCGGUCAAGGCCACCUGCAGCAGACGUGGACUUCUUGGAUGAGAAAGUGGCCUUGGCAUUUCGACACCUGAAGCUGCCGGCAGAAUGGAACGUGCUGGGAGCAGACCAGUCCCUGACCGAGAACAUCCCUCGGGAAACACUGAUGCAUUUUGCGGUGAGGCUGGGUCUGCUGCGGCUGACGUGGUUUCUGCUCCAGCAGCCGGGUGGAAGAGGAGCUCUCAGCAUCCACAACAACGAAGGGGCAACGCCUGUGAGCUUGGCCUUGGAGAGGGGCUACCAGAAGCUGCACCAGCUUUUGACAGAGGAGGGAGCCAGGGAGCCGGACUCGUGGAGCACCCUGUCCCACACCGUGCACUCGGGGGACUACAGCGUGAAGCACCACCGCGGGCUGGACGUGUACCUGCUGACAGCUGAGGCCAAGGAGGGGACAGCAGCCAGCUGGGAGAGGGACAUUCAGCACCUGCAGAUGCACAUGCAGAGCCACCAGCACCAGAGUUUAAGGCAGCAGACAGAGCCUGUACUGGGAGACUCUGGAGACAGCUGUGCUAAAGGAGCAGAGGGUCAUAUGACCACCACCUCUCAGAGCCUAGAAGAAAUGGCAAGAGAAGAAAGGCAGGAAAACCCAUCUGAUCUGGUUCACCUGGACAUCGGGCAGCUCUCAGACCAAACCCAGCAGGAGGAGAAAUGCAACAGCAGCAGUCUGGGAGCUUUUAAUGAUGCAACAAAAGACAUGGUUAGCCCGGGGGGUGCAAACAGCCCAGCCAGCUUAUGUGAAAGUAAAAACACAGAGAUAUUGUGUAAAAAGGAAGGAGAGGCGGGGCUAAGAUCUGCAGAGGGCUCUGGGACUAUAUCAGAUGAGGAUACUCACUCCACUGUGAGCCUGUGUGCAAGUGUAAAUGGUGCUGUAAAUCUUCCAUGCUCUGGAAAUACAAAUGAGGAAGCUGGAAUGACAUCGGCUGGAAUUGUUCUGGAUCAAGCUGGCGUGGGCAGUACAGACAGUGCCCAUCAGGAAGUGCAAACUGCUGAGGAACUUGCUGUCAGUGCUGCUGCUGUGGCUGCAGCUGCAGGUGACACCCCAGCUUCCUUGGGGGGUCUGGAUGUGGCCAUGGGCCAGACUGAGUGCAGGAACUGUGCCGGGGCACCUGAGAGGGCUAAGGGCCAGCGGCGGGCAGAGGAUGGGCUGGCAGAGCCUGGUGAGAGGACUGCAAAGCUGGAAGAGAAAUACCCAGCUAAGGAAGAGUCAUCCAGCACUGCUCAGCCCUUACUCAGUGGUUUCAACGGCACUGAGUGUUCGGAUGGGGAGGAUGCAAAUGUAGGAGUGGUACUGGCCUGUGAUGGUGCAAAUGCAGGUGGUGACAUUGGCAGUGUCUCUGUUGACCUUUGCAAGACCAGCAGUAAAAAAGAGACUGAUGUGGACUCGUGCACUGCUCAGGUAAACGGUGACUUCAAGGAAAGCCAGGGUGAUGCCAGUGUCACAGCGAGGCAGGAGGUUACUGCAAGCACUGCAGAAGCAUUGCCAGCAGUGAAUGGGAUGCAGGUUCCUGCAUGGACAUCAAAACCUGCUGCUGGUUUGGAAGUCCAUGGCAGCAGUGAGAGUGGGGAGCAAGAAGUGCUGGUGGAAGCAGGCUGCACAGAUGGAAAAUCCAGCCUGCCCUCAUUGGAAGGCAGUGUGGAAGCUGAUGGCCCUGAUGCUGAACCUGAAAACAGAGAUGUUGGUGGAUCUAAUGAAAGUGGUGCAGAAGCUGCACAUUGCCAGGAGAGUGGUGAGAUUGCUGACCAUGGGGCUGCAGCCACGGAGAGCAGUGACAAGGAGCCAGUAGGAACUGAUACCAGCAGCUGUAGAGAUGGAGGAAGCAAAGAUUCUGCAAGCGGUGAUCAGGAAGUUGCUGCCUGUGCCCCUUCUGCUGCUCAAACUGGUGUUAAAGGUGAAAUGGGCAACAGCUUCAAGCCAGACACUGCUCAGCAGGGUGAACGUGAGGAACGUGAGCCUGCAUCGCUCCCUCCAGAGGAAGCGAGCACAGGCCUGGCAGAGAAAGAGCCUGCCCAGGCUGGAGCAGAGAAAGCAGAAAGCACUUCAGAGCAGGAGGGGAGGAGCAGCAAGGUGGAAUCUCCCUCUCCCCUACCCAGAGGAGAGGGGCCGGCUGUGAGUCAGGAGGGAGAUGCUGCAGUGGCACCUCCCGGGCAGGAGGCAGCUCUGCAAGGUAACGACCCUGGAUCAGCUCCAUGUGCCAAGGGCGCAGACUGUGCCGAGGAUAAUUUAAUAGGCACACCCUCUGCAACUCAUAAUGAGGAAUCUAAACAAAAGCAGGAAGCGGUGGCGGUGAGGGCAGGCUCGGCAGAGCUCGCCUGGCAGCACGGUGGGGAGCAUGGUGGGGUAGCUGCCCCCUGGCCUGGGGACCAUGCUGGGGACGAGGGCUCCCCGGGGCAGGGCCACUCGCAGCAAGUUGAAGGAGGCAAAGCUGAGCCUGAGCAGGAGGCUCAUGUGAAUGGCAGUGAGCAGGUUUUGUCAGAGGAUCUUCUUGCUGCUGUUGUGAAACCCUCUGCCUGCAGUCUGGGGGGUCCUGUGGUGGGCAGCAGCAGUGUGGAUGCUGGGCUGAAAGCGACACACCAACCCGAAGAAGAUUGCAAGGCUGGAGCAGCGGCUGCAGCAGAAGGCACCAUGCAUGGGCCUGCAUCAGCAGAUGAGUCACUGGGUGCAGAGAGUGACCCUUGUCCCAAUGCUGGGCUGAACCAGGAACAAGACCCCACUGAAACCCUACAAGGAAUGUCCCCCCACAGCAGCACCCCCGAGUUAAAGGAUGCCUCAGAGGCGGGAGCCCCGAGCGAUGCCUGUGAGGGUAAGGAGGUGCCAAGGCCAGUGACAAUGGCCCCUGUUGCAGUGUAUGCAGAGGAGCAAGAGGACACGGAGAGCGUGCUGCCCCGGGCAGCGCUCCAGCCCAUCGCAGAGGAGCCCACGUGUGACAGCGACUCCAGCACCGACACCGUCUGUCCGGCCGGUGACAGUGACACUGCUCCUGCCCUGACAGGGGCACAGGGGGAGGCCUUGGCUGAGCCCGAUGGAAAGCAAAGCCCAGCUGUACCUGCAGUGCCCUUCUCGCCGUGUUCCUGCCACCUGCAGGCUGUGGAGUCACUGGAAAAUGUGGGAGUGAAGAGUUUGGUAUCGGCUAAUGGUGCCUCUUCUCUGGAUAAAGUUCCUAAAAUGGUCAAAAGUUUUGAUGCAGUGGUUUUUGCAGCAGAGACACCUUGUUCCUCUGAAGUACCUGCUGCCGAAAAAGUGGGGCUUGAGCCCCAGAUUGCAGUAGAUGCCAGAGCCAGCCUUAAUGGACAAAUGGAUUGCAGUUCCUCAGCAAAGAAGAAUGUGAGCCUGCAAGGAGCUGAGCCUGUUACAGGAAUGUUGGAAAUGAAAACUGAGGACGAGGUGGAUUUUCAGAAGAACUGCACAGAGGAAGUGAUAAACCGUGGGAGCUGGUGUCCGCUGGAGCCAUGUCCUGACCCCUCCCUGCUGGAGCGCAAGCGCACGCGGGACUCUCCAGAAUGUGAGAACUUCUUGGAGGAUGGGCUGAGCAGCGUCUGUGCCUCGUCACAGGGUGGCCUUAAAAGAGAGUCUGGGAGUGAGUCUGACCUCUUCCCCUUGCCUGGUGAUGGGAUGGAAGACCUUGUCUUUGGGAAGCAGCCUGAAGAGGAGCAGUCUGCAUGCGAUGUCACCAGCUCCAGCUCCUCUGCAGACGACACCAUGUCCCUGGAGAGGAACUCAUCCCUGGGCAGCGACACGUCCCUCCCCUUCCCACCCGUGGGGAGCUUCGCCCAGCCCAAGGACAGGCACAGCCUGGAUGGCAGCUGCACCAACAUGGUGUCCUCAGAGGGAGGGGAGAAGGAAGAGGAGCUGGACAGCAUCACGGACGUGCCCACGCCUUCCUCCGUCCUGCGCGGCUCCAUGCGGCCGCUGUCCCCCUUCCGCCGGCACAGCUGGGGGCCGGGCAAGAAUGCCACCAACGAGGCAGAAAUCAAUCAGAGGAGUUCAAUGCGAAUUCUGGGGGAUGGUAUAAAGAAGCCUCCCAUUCAUAGGAGAAGUUUGAGCUGGUGUCCCUCAGGCAUACAGUACAUUGCCAUGGGUCCUGACUUUACUUGUAGAAGUUACAGCCUGGAAGGCCUUGCUGGAGACUCUGGUGAGAACAAGAAGCCCUCUACAAACCUGGAGGCUUCUUCUCUGAGCUCCAAAGACCUCAGGAGGAGUCCACUUGCCAGCAAUCAGUCCCUGGUCCUGCUCACUGAGGAGCUCGAGCAAGGAGAAAUCAGAGACUACAACCACCAGGUGCAUCAGGCAUCACAGCCACAAGGAUUUAACUUCUCCUCUUCUGCUGUUUCAUCUCCACUGACCAAAUCCAUGUCUCUAAUGUCAAUUAGCAAACCAGUGCUCGACAGUGCGCAGUCAUUCGGCGGCUCCAUGGGCUCCUCAGUGCAGAGCAUAUCUGAAGAGAGCAGCAGUGUCUCUGCUGGUAAAGGUGUAACAAAAGUCAGCCGCACCUUCAGCUACCUCAGGAAUAAAAUGUCCAGCAGCAAGAAGAGCAAAGAAAAAGAGAAAGAUAAAGAGAAAACUAAAGAGAAGGACAAAGAUUCCAAGGAGAAGGAAAAAGAUAAGAAGCUGUUAAAUGGACAUCUCUUCACUGCAACCUCCGUUGUAGCCCAAGCAACCUGUUACCACUGUAUGAAGCCUUUCAAUAAGGAUUCGUACUACUGUGCAAACUGUAAUGCAAUUGUUCACAAAGGCUGUAAGGAGAAUUUUGCUUCUUGUGCAAAGGUCAAAAUGAAGCCACAGAGAGGGAUGCUGCAGGCACACGAUACCUCUUCGUUACCCACAGUAACCAUGAGGAACAAAAGCUCGCAGCCGAAGGAGCGCCCGCGCUCCGCGAUCCUCGCGCCCGACGAGAGCACCGUCGCCUCCACCUUCAGCAACAGGAGAUCACAGCAGCCCACUGCACUCUCCAAAAGCGUCUCCAUACAGAACAUUGCAGGAGUUGGGAAUGAUGACAGCUUAAUACACACUUGGAAAUUCCUGUCGCAGUCAACAGACUCUUUACAUAAAAUCAGCCGGGUUAAUGAAUCCAUGGAGUCACUGGUUGAUGAAGGUGCAGACAUGAAUGAAGGACAGCUCAUGGGAGAUCUGGAAUUAGAUUCCAAGCAGCUGGAGGCAGAGUCCUGGAGCCAAGCAGUGGACAGCAAGUUCCUACAGCAGCAAUACAAAGAUGUUGUCAAACGGCAAGAUGUGAUUUAUGAGCUAAUGCAGACAGAAAUGCACCAUGUCCGUACCCUGAAGAUCAUGAAUGAUGUGUACAGUGCAGCCAUGGUAAAGGAACUGCAGUAUGAUCAGCAAGUCGUGGACAAGAUCUUUCCCUGCCUGGAAAACUUGCUGCACAUCCACAGUCAGUUUUUCCAGCGGAUUCUGGAAAGGAAGAAGGAGUCACUAGCAGACAAAAGUGAAAAGAACUUUGUUAUCAGGAGGAUAGGUGACAUCCUAGUGAAUCAAUUCUCUGGGGAGAACGCUGAGCGAAUGAAGAAAACGUACGGCAAAUUCUGUGGGCAUCACAACGAGGCUGUCAAUUACUUCAAAGAGCUUUUCUCGAAGGAGAAGCGCUUUCAGGCAUUUGUCAAGAAAAAAAUGAGCAGCUCCCUGGUGAGGCGUCUUGGGAUUCCGGAAUGUAUCUUGUUGGUAACACAGAGAAUCACAAAGUACCCGGUUCUUUUACAAAGGAUACUGCAGUACACCAAAGAAAACGACGUGGAACAUGAAGACUUGACUCAGUCAUUAAACCUCGUUAAAGAUGUGAUUGCUGCAGUCAACAGCAAAGUCAGCAAGUAUGAAAAGAAAAAGCGUCUUGAGGAGAUUUACAGCCGGACAGAUAGCAAGUCCAUCAUGAGGAUGAAGAGUGGCCAGAUGUUUGCAAGAGAGGACUUGAGUCGUCGGAAGCUCAUCCGAGAUGGGCCUGUUUCCCUAAAAAGCUCAGGUGGCCGGUUAAAAGAAGUCCAGGCUGUUCUCCUCUCUGACACACUCGUGUUCCUUCAGGAGAAGGACCAGAAGUAUGUCUUUGCCUCACUGGACCAGAAAUCCACUGUGAUCUCUCUGAAGAAGCUGAUUGUGCGAGAAGUGGCUCAUGAAGAGAAGGGUUUGUUCCUGAUCAGCAUGGGUGGAAAGGAUCCCGAAAUGGUGGAAGUCCAUGCCAGCUCCAAAGAAGAGCGCAACGGCUGGAUACAGAUCAUUCAGGACACCAUGCACACCAUGGAUAGAGAUGAAGAUGAAGGAGUUCCUUGCGAGUCUGAGUUUGAAAAGAAAUUGUCGGAUGCAAAAGUGAGAGGACUGAAAGAACAACUUCAGCAGAAGGAUAAACAGAUCUUGGUCUUGCUGGAGGAGAAGACGAAGAUCUUCCAGGACAUGGCAGACAGUUCUGUGCAGGAGGAGACGCCAAGCUCCAGGCUGCUCUUCAGAGCCAACACAGAGGAGGCUCCAAAAGGAGAGGAAAUCAUGAAAACAGCAAUAAAUGAAGUUGAACUGCUGCAACACCUGGUGAGCAGGAGCCUGGGCACUGCCCUCGGACAGCAGGUCAGCAGCACUGCCAUGGAUCAGGAGGGAGGAGUUGGCCCCAUUUCACUCCCUAGAAGGGCAGAAACUUUUGGAGGAUUUGACAGUCAUCAGAUGAACGCCUCCAAGGGUGGAGCGAAAGAUGAAGGCGAUGAUGCUCAGGACCUUCGGAGAACAGAGUCAGACAGCAUUUUAAAGAAGGGUGGAAAUGCUAAUUUGAUGUUCAUGAUGAAAAGGGAUAAGGAGCAGGUCCUCCAAACCAUUACCAGCCUCCAUAAGCUGCUCACUGCUUUGCAGGGCGUGGUGCUGCAGCAGGACACCUACAUCGAGGACCAGAAGCUGGCUCUGAGCGAGAGGGCUGCGAGCCGAGGCUUCUUCCGGCCCGCCUCGCUGCUGGAGCAGGAGAAGCAGCGCAACCUGGAGAAGCAGCGCCAGGAGUUGGCCAACCUGAAGAAGCAGCAGACACAGCACCAGGAGGAGAGGCGGAGGAGGGAGAAGGAGUGGGAAGUGCGGGAGAAGGAGCUGGCAGAGCACGAGGCCGAGCUGGCGCAGCGCGAGGAGCAGGUGCAGAGGCUGAGGCAGGAGCUGGAGCGGGAGCGGGAGGAGCUGCAGGUGAAGAAGGCGGCCUACCAGCUCGACCUGGAGAGGCUCCGCACGGCGCAGAAGCAGCUGGAGAGGGAGAAGGUGCAGCUGAAGCAGGACGUGGAGAGAUUUGCUCAUAUGCGGCAGGAGCCCGACCACAACCAGGUUUCAAAUCUACAUGAGAAACUUGCAAGAGUCUCCUCCCAGUCCAGCACUGAUGAAUCCUCCAUGCAGAAGAACCCUUCCCUUCCUAAACAAGGGCACUUUGAUGCAGAACUGUCUGUCUCCCCCAAAAGGAACAGUCUUUCAAGGACACACAAAGAGAAAAGCACUUUCCAUUUGCUUAGCACAACAAACCAGACUAACAAGGCAGCUGAGGAACAGACCCAGAUGCCUACUCGCCUCUUCAGUUUAGCCAAACCAAAGGAGAAGAAGGAAAAGAAGAAAAAGGGCAGGGGACAUCGCUCCCAGCAGUCUGAUUCUCACUCGUCAGAAGCACCUCCAGAGGGUGAGGAGAUCUUCUGCUGAGCAUGGACUGUUCCAGUGGUCACUCGUGGCAUUGGCACCAUGGACAUCUCCCUGCCUGUGACACAGCACACGGCUGGUGCCUGCGCUGGACGAGCAUCUGGAGGUUUUAAAUAAAAAAAGUUCUGAAGUCUGCUAAGUGGUGGAUAAAGGCCUCUCUCCUGUGGUUUUAGGUGAAUUCUCCCUGCAGAGGCUGUGCCUGCACGGCACACAGAACCAUCUCCCUGUGCAAACCUGGGGUCAAAUGGAUUGGGAUAGAUGUUGUCUGUCUCUUCUUACUGCUAAAGGAUGAAAGAACAUAGCCUUAAGGGGUCUGUGCCUUCAAAUUCCCAUUUCCUGGGGAAAAGAACCAAAACCAAGCAUUUAGCAAAAGAUUAGGACUCUACAAAUGGCGCGUACACACUGGCAUAUAUGCAUAUACUGUAUAUGUACAUAUAUGUAUCUAUGUAUCCACUGGGAUAUGCUUACAGUCCCUACAGCCAAGGUCCACCCGUGGGGAUAGAUGAUACCUGAGGACUUUCAGGGAGUGUGUAGAUAUUAAAUAUCUUGCCCUUACUGCUCCGACUGUAACACAGUGACCUGCACACCCCUUCUGUGCUCAUGGCAUAGGGGCUGUUUGGUUUCAGAAGGGUACAUUACACCAGGAAGCAGUAACAGCAUUCAGAAGCAGCAACUCAGAGGAUAAAAAUUAAAAUUUAAAAUAAUUCUGAACGAUUUCUGUGGGGCAGAGGAAUCAAAUGUCAAACUGUUUUUAGAGUCAAGCAGAACAUUAUUGGGUAUAUUUAAAAUGGUGCAGAAAAGAGAAUUUUGGUAGGCUGGUAAGGCAAUCCCAAGGAGCCAGAACAGACUGUUCAAAUGGCAACAACAGUAAGUAACAAUUUUUUUACACAAACUCUUUGAGCUCCAGCUCACUCCCUCCCAUUCCCGAAGUAAAGAUUAUGUUUUUGCCAGAAUAGAGUUCUCCAGUUGCAUUUGACAUCCCUGUACAAGCCUAAUGACUGAGUGGGGGGGGUGGCUAAAAAUCUGCUUUUAGGGAUCUUUGUUCUGUUCUUUGUGUUUUUCUUAGCCUGCUUUUUGUGCUGCUGUUGGGUUUCUGUUUCUCUGAUUUUCUCACUUGCCCUGCUGGUUUCUGAGGCACAGUGAGAGCAGCAGUGUCCAGGCAGGUCAAUGAGAUGGGGCAAGCUCCAAGGAGAUGGCUCCUGUCCCUAUGGCUGUGCAAUACCAGGCACUUAGGAACCAUGUGUGGGGAGGAAAAGGCUCUGAUGGACAAACCCCCUGUGGGACAGGUCUGGAGGGCAGCGUGGCGUGUCCCCAUGGCUCUGGGGUGGAGUGUCUGUGCAGAACAGGAAGGUCCAAGGGCAGCUCUUGCUGUGCCAGCUGUGGGGCGUCUGUACAGUUGUGGAAUACAGGUGUGUGUUCAGUGGGGGAGGAGAAAUGCAACAAGACAUACUUUUCUCAAAAAUCACCUUUCUUCCAAACCCUGUCAAGAGAAUUACCCAAGUGGAUUUGUAAAUGGUUACCAGCUUCAAAAGAGGUCAAGGUUUUGCUCAAAAGUUUGAAGCUGUCAGGUACAUUUCCUUUCCUACCAGUUUUUUUUCUUUGAAAUAACAAAUAAUUUCUCUUCGUGUACUAUUGUUUUAUUUUAGUUUGCUCUCAGGCUUGUCAUGAGCUGGUGACCCGCAGCAAUUUUCAGAGUUAGUGCUGAUGAGUAUCAGCAGCAUUGAUGCUGAGGUGGGUGCUUGGGCUGGGCUGUCUUGGUGCAGGAACCCUGCUUGUUUGGAAGCUCUCUACACUAUUAAAACACAAAAGAAAAAGAGAAAAAAAGAAACAGAAAGGAAAAGGGUUGAGAUUUAUUUUUUGUUUUUUUAGAUAUUAUUUGGUGCUUGUUCUUAAUUGCAAGCAGGGCUUGCAAAAAUAUUUAUCUUUCAUUUUAUCUGAAAGAGUUUUUUAAAAAAGUUUACUUGGUUUUAUUUUUUUAUUUCUUUUUACUUUUGCUUUUGUUUGGGGAAUAGUUCGAGGGUUUUUUUUCCCUCUUUCCCCCUCUUUAUUUUUUUGGUUUGUUUAUUUGUUUUGUUUUCUUACCAAAAGAUUGGUAAACCAAAUGUUCUCAUCUCCUUGUUUCCUACAAAGCAUGGGGCUGGCCAGUGCUGCUUUCCAGCUCAUUCCAUGCCCAAAGUCACACAAUUUCAGCUGAGAGCUUUCUUCAAGGCAGAGCAUCUUCAGGCCAAAAAAACUCUGGGGAAAGACAAAUGACUUCAGACAAGGCUCCUCCUGUCAGUUAGUUUUAUUGUUUAAACAUUUUGGUUAGGUUUUCUCAUUCCCUUUGGAGGCAAAGGAAGAAGCAAAGCUUGGAGUGCCUUGCAGUGAUGUGAGGGUCCAGUUGCUCUCCAGGACCCGAGGGGAGCUGAAGAAGGCACAUGCUGGCGGUGUGGAGUUACCUUUUCCAUAAGAAAACCACCAACUUCAGAAAGUACAUUCUUCCCUGCUGUUUAUACAUCUGCAAACAUGAAUGAGCCAAGCUGAAAUUUCUGGAAACCAAAGCAGCGUGUGGCUCAUGUACUGUUGUGUGAGCAGAGAUCAGGGCACUGGUACAUCUGAGUUCCCUCACUCUGGAACAGCCUUCACCACUAUGAACUUUUUAUUUUAUCCCACUGUCUUUGCCCCAGUCCCAGCACAUGCUGUAUUCACAACACAGCAAAGUCCCAUGGCUCUGAGAAGGGCACCAAAAGGCAGGUGAGUGACCCAGGGCACAGGAUUGACUCUGCCUGGCUUCACAUCUCUCCUGACCCGUGCAAAUCAAAAAGAGCAUUCAGUGCCUGAAGUGCAAAUACUAUUGGCUAGGUGAUCUCCCAAGGUCCCUGUGGUUCCUUGACAGAAACCACAGGUGUGAGUCAGAAAUACACUGACCAGAAAUCCAAUGUACCAAGCAGUUUGUGUCUUAAAUUCUGGUGGACAGACCUUUGUCCCUGGAGGAUGUCUGUUACUGUAUGAUUCACUUUUUUGGAAUGGAGCCUCUCCUCCCACACUGCUUCCUCCUUCUUUCACCUUUAGGAAGGUGAGGGCUUGUUUUUAUCUCUUUAGCCUUUUAUUUUUCCCAUCACAGGUUUUCUUUGGAAAGGCUUGGCAUAGGUUCCCAGAGUCUGAGUCCUGCUCUGAUCCCUGAAGGUUGUCUAGCAUUGUCUGCUAGAGUAUUGUCCCAGCUUGACAGCACCAAAACCUUUCCUCUUCCUGGCCUUAAAAUUGCAUCUGCUCCUGUUCCAUGCCUGGCAUCCAUCCUGCAGUUGUUGAAAGCAUUUUAUUUCUUCAUCCCAGCCUGCUGCUAGGAGCAGAGCCAGUCCAUGUGUAAUUCCCAGAGCCAGUCCCUCAAUCCCAUUUGGAGCACCCAAACCACUCUGUUUUGCAUGGGACUCAGAGUAGGUUCAAAAACAUCUGUUUGAAGCCUGUGUUGCUGGAGGAGAAGAGGAUCCUGCAAGGGCUCUUGGAGCUGUUUGUGCUGGUGUUUCUUGGAGGGCAGAAAUCAGAUUUAAUUUUCUUGGGCUUUUCUUGGCCUGGUCUUUGCCACUGCCCAACAGGAGGGGUUUCAGUGUCCAGGGAAAGUAAGAGUGUGGGCUCAGACAGGUACAGAAGUGGCCAGUAUUAGAUGGGGGUGCCAAGAUACCCAGCAGCAGAGAGUAGCUGUAGCAAAGGGUGGGAGACUCGAUGGGGCUGUGUGGGCUUGGCCUUAGAUUCUUUUAAAUCAAGUUAUCAUCUCAACACAUAAUUUGAUGUCAGUUUGAUGCCAUAAAGCACUUUAAAUGGAACUGGUCUUGCCCCUUUUAAUUAUGGUUUUUUGGAGACAAUCAGUUUUGCUGUUGCUUCCCCCUCUGUACCCCCAGUAAAAUCAGAGCUUCAAGUAGGCGUGUUCCUGGUUUGGUUUGGCUUUUCCCCGUGAGGGGAGGAAGGGCCAAGCUUUUUGUAUUAUUUUUAGACUAAAGUGGGUGUGAAUCUGUCUAAUCUACAGUCCCACUGCAGAUAGCUUAAGUGGCAGAACAAGAGAACUGGCUUCUGUUGGCUCAGGUACAUCCCCCAGGAGAGCCCAUGUCAGCUUCACCAUCACCUUCCUCGUGGCAGGUAGGGAAGCAGCCCCCCCAGUGGAUUUCCCUUCAUUUCCUUUUCUUUGGAGAAACUCAGGGUGAAGGAGAUGUGAGGGGAUGCAUCCAAAUACGUGAGGCCCUUUCCAUGCACCAAGGUGUUUACUGUCCAGGCCACUGUUCACCUCCCAGUGCCUCCCCAGGACAGGAGCUGUCAUCCCCACUGAGAGUGGACUCUUUCCCCUGGAGGUGUGGCAGCACAGUAAUGCCAUCAGCUUGUGUGGAUUUGCAUCCAGAGAGUCCAAUCACCUUUGCACCUUCCUUGAGUCACUAGGAGACAUCACAGCUGUUGCUGAAACACCCAAUUCCAGUCCUUCCACAUGCCACCUGGUCAGGAGAGGUUCUUCAGGUGCCAAAUCCCAAGGAAGCUGUCUAGGAUGUCUUUGGCAUGGAGCAAGGGAGGACUGGGCAGGAGACACAGGAGAGUAUCUGCUAAAAUCCCACAAAACAUUCCUUGUUAACUAGAACCCUGGAAAUUAUUGUGCCUGCUGGCCAGGUUUGGGAAUUUAUCAUGAUUUAGGGCACCCUUCCAAAUAAAAAACCUCCCCUACUGCUCAUAACUCUUGCUUCAUUUGUCAGAAGGGGCAGCAAUCCACAAUUCAUUAGUGAUACAGCUAAUUUUUAAAUAUAGGCGAGCUGAACUGGCCAAAUCUCCUACAUCUUGUGCUCUUCAGUCAUGAGAAGUGUAACACCAGCUCCUUUCACACCUGCAUUUCCAGGGCUCUGUGCCCUUUCUUUCCACGUGCAUUUCACUGACACUGAUGCUUUGCCCAAAUAUAGUUCAGCUUCCAUUGCUGGGGGGGAGGGGGGAACAGGAUAACACUCACUGCUUUGCAUACAGCUGUGAGCUUUGUAUGUAUUUGAGCUGUUUAUAGGUAUCCAUCCUUUCCGUGCUCUAAAGUAAUGCUACUAUUUUCUUUAUCAAUAUUAAACACUGAAAAAAAAUUGAAAUAAAAAUCUGUGUCCGGUUCAGUUCGCCUAUGGUUAAAGUUUAGCCUGGUGUUUAUUUUGUACUAAUAUGGAAUGCACUUGAGUAAUUCCCAGAACAUUGAGGUGUAUUAUAAUAACCUGAUAUACCUCUGGUUUUGAUUUGUUUCUUAUUAAAAAAAAAUAAAAAAUAAAAAAAAAAAAAAUAAAGCUUUGCAUUUUCAUGUUGAACCCGUAAAGAAAAAAAGCUGGGAAAAAAAAGAUUUUUAAAGAAGAGGGUCAAACCUAAUUGCUGUAUGUUAAUUUGUAAUUAUGUAAAAAGUGAGCAGGUUAUUGACUGUAAAAUUCUUCAGUUUUUCUGUAACUUGCCAGAAUCCAUUAGGGUUUGUAACAAGCUUUUAUUUAUCUUCCUUUUUAGUUAUCAGUAUCAACCUCUUGUAAAGUCAAUCUUCCUCUAAAUAAAUUUGAUUUUA